AGCUUAUAGAAUUAAGCUGUUUUCUUUUCCUUCCUAUUCUUUGUUGGGGUGUGGUUCCCAAUGAAGAUUUUUACUCUCUGUCAAGAAGCACUUUUGCAGAAGUGCUUCUUGUUGUCUUUGCUUUUUGUGAGCUUUUGUUAUGCUGAACAUAAGACAGUUGAGGUAGUAGGGGUUGGAGAAUGUACUGACUGUGCUAAAAAUAGCAUUAAGACUAGCCAGGCCUUUUCAGGUCUUCAUGUGACAAUUGACUGCAAGCCAGCAAAUGGGCACUUCAAAACAAGAGGGUUUGGGGAGCUCAACGAAGAGGGAAAGUUCAUAGUGUCCCUUCCCAAAGAGAUUGUAAAAGAAGGAGAUGAUGAACUAAAAGAGGAAUGUUAUGCCCAACUUCACAGUGCAUUGGCUGCACCUUGUGCUGCCCAUGAUGGCCUAGAAUCUUCCAAGAUAGUCUUCAAGUCCAGGACUAGUGAAGGAAAACAAACCUUUGGAGUGGCUGGUGGCAAACUUAAAUUCUCACCAGUAACAUGCACUUCUGCCUUCCUUUGGUCUCACCCGCUUCCCAAAUUGCCACCUUUAAUUUUGCCUCCAUUUCCCAAACCACACCCACUCUUUGGACACCCAUUCCCACCCAAGGUCUUCCCUCCUAAAGUCUUCCCUCCAAAAGUACCAAUCUUUAAGAAGCCUCUUCCCCCACCAGUUCCAAUUUACAAGCCUCUUCCUCCACCAGUUCCAAUCUACAAGAAGCCUCUUCCUCCACCAGUUCCAGUUUACAAGAAGCCUUUGCCUCCUCCAGUGCCAAUCUACAAGAAACCACUUCCACCAAAACCACCAAAGAAAGUUUGUCCACCAGUUCCUGUGUUCAAAAAGCCACUUCCACCACCAGUCCCUAUAUACAAAAAGCCACUUCCACCACCAGUCCCCAUAUACAAAAAGCCACUUCCACCACCAAUCCCCAUAUACAAGCCACUUCCCCCACCAGUCCCAACUUUCCAAAAGCCACUUCCACCUCCCAUCCCAUUUUACAAGCCAAAGCCACAUCCAUUCUUUAAGCCUCUCCCUCCGUUGCCAAAGAUUCCACCAUUCUUCAAGAAACCCCCACUCCCACCACUCACUCCUAAACACCCUCUUCUUCGCAAGCUUCCUCCUAUCCCCAAAAUCCACCCAAAAUAUUACCCCCACCCAAAGCCCAAGUUUCCUCAUAUUCCCAAAAUCCACCCAAAAUAUUACCCCCACCCAAAGCCCAAGUUUCCUCAUAUUCCCAAAAUCCACCCAAAAUAUUACCCCCACCCAAAGCCCAAGUUUCCUCAUAUUCCCAAAAUCCACCCAAAAUAUUACCCCCACCCAAAGCCCAAGUUUCCUCAUAUUCCCAAAAUCCACCCAAAAUACUUCCCCCACCCAAAGAUUGGCAAGUUACCACCCCUGCCACCUCUGGUUCCUCAAUAUCCUUAGGCUGUUGCAGACUUGCAGUACUAUUUUUUUCAGUUGUAAGUAGGAUCAUGGAUGUUGUGUGGUGAAAAUAAGUUAAACCUUCAAGCCUUAUAGAGAUGCCAAGAUCAGAGAGAGAACUCAGAGAGUGGAACUGAAACAUUGUUUCCCUUGUUCUAUUUAUUUAUGAAAUCGACUUGUGUGGUAA